AUGUUCUCCAGAAGGUUGCUGGCUGGUGCUGCUGGCAUACCCAAAACCUUGGCACCACUACGAUGUACCCCUCCUGCCAUCCACUUCUCAUCCAUCCGAGCUCUUCGAGCUGAGGCAGAAAGCCCCGAUCCGGAAAUGAAUGGUGGCUACGUCAAUCCUACCAACCAUCCGUACCCUCUAAAGCGUCAAUUCCGAGAUCCAUAUCACCCAUGGUGGGACAAACAAGAGCGGAGAGAUUUUGGUGAGCCAGUGCAUGAAGACAAUGAUAUCUUGGGCAUUUUUUCGCUGGAAGAAUACACGCACAUGAGCCCCGCUCGAGCAUUGUUUCUGUGGGGUUGCUUUAUAUCUGCCGUACUUGGUUUGAGCUAUGCUGUGAAGCAGACUUAUCCAGACAGACCGAGUGCUCCCAAAGAGUAUCCCGAUGGGUUGGAAGCCGAGCUCGGUGGACGACACGCUCUGAGAGCAUGGAAGGACAGUGACAGACUUUGA